AUGCCGGAUAUGGCCUCUCUCCAGCGGACCAUCUGGAUGCCCCUUUCCCUCUGUCCACAGAGCAAAGUACGAUACAUCAAGGAGACCUCGGCCAUCCUGAAGCGGGACUACGGGGGCGACAUCCCGAAGACGGUGGCGGAGUUGGUGAAGCUGCCAGGGGUGGGACCCAAAAUGGCCCAUCUGACGAUGACGAUCGCUUGGCAGGACGUCUCCGGCAUCGGUGUGGACACUCACGUGCACCGGAUUUCCAACAGGCUGAAGUGGGUGAAGAAGGAGACGAAACUCCCUGAGGAGACCAGACAGGCCCUGGAAAACUGGCUCCCCAGGGAGCUCUGGAGCGAGAUCAACUGGCUCCUGGUUGGGUUUGGCCAACAGAUCUGCUUGCCCAUAAGCCCGCGAUGCGGUGAUUGCCUCAACAGGGACAUCUGCCCGGCUUCCGGGAAGCGCUGAGAAGCAAAAGGCUUGCCAUGCCCGUUCCCGUUGGCACUGCUGAUCGCCCACUGAUUGGGGGAGGAAGACCCCCGUGAAGGUGAGCACCCAUCUCCUUUGGGACAGCGGCCUGGCAGAAGGGGUCAGAUCUAAUCCCAAACUGUGCAGUUUCCGGCAUUCCCCUCCAUAAUGUGCUGGUGGAACAGGAUCAAUGGCGACCAUCCUUAUACAAGAGGACCAUAGAGAUGAUUCGGGGUUGGCAUCCCAGACUGUACUUGGAGGACUCCUCCUUUAGCAAGGGGAUAUACAAUGUAGAA